AAUCAUCAGGAGGCUUGUGGAUUACACGCUCAGCCGCGUCAGGACUCGGUUGUUGUCAGGAAUUAUUCAGGCCUGCAGAGAAAAUCCAAACGAUUCUCGGGAAGAUCAAAGUGAAAAUUAGAUCUGAAUGGCAGCGGGAGUCGGACUGGCCAUGAAUCCGCCGCACGUGACAGAAGAACGUGCGGUUUUCACGCAGCUCAAACCUGUCAGGAUGUCCGAGGCGGACGGAGCCGAGGACACGUCCGUGUUUGAGGACGUCAAAGCCGGGGUGCGAAUCUCCGCCAACACGCUGACUCCGGCCGGGCUGCAGGCUCAUCUAGAGUUGGACAAAUACCUCCCCCAGGUCAGCAGCCACCUCUUGGCCCCCUCCAGCGACGCUGACAAGAAGUGCAGGCGAGAGAGCGCGUCGGUGGUGGACGAGUAUUUCUCCGAGGACAAACCCAUGGCUCCAUACACCUUCAACAUCAACCUCAUCCUCCCCAACACAACUCACCUCCGCACCGGCCUCUACAGGCCCAACACCUCCCACACCCUCACGCCACAGCAGAUCAAGACAGAACCCGGACUGGAGGUGCCCUGCUCCGUUCCCGUCACCACCCAGGCGCUGCCGGACUUCACCUCGGUCUUCAGCGUGCCGCCUGUGGCCAACAGCGUUUUUAUAAAACCAGAAAUGAGCCCCGAAGGUCGAAGCGUCACCGCUGGAGCCCAGCAGCAGCCAAGUUUGGACACGGAGCUCCACAUUGGACCCCCGCCUCCUCAACCGCAGGUCUACCACAUGCCCAGCACCUGCUCCGACCUCUCCAUGACUCUGUCGCACACCAGCCCGUCAGCGCCAGGCUCCACCACCGGCAGAACCAUGCUGAACCUCAGCAGCGGCACCAUGCCGACGACCAACGGCAGCUACAUGAUGGCGGAGCACCAGCUGCAGCCGCAGCACCACGACGGCUACUACCAGGCCCCCCUGAGCCACGCAGUGCAACACACGGGGCCUCACAGCCUGCCGCCGUCGCCGCCAAACUCCCAGCCUGGGAGCCCGGACGGCCAAGCGAAGCUGCUCAACCUCGCGCCGCAGCCUCCACCUCCGUACCAGCAGCGUCUGGAAGGGAUGAAGGUGACGGGGUUGUCUCCUCACGCCCUCCUGAUGACACACGGCCAGGGGGUCCUGACUGGGCCCAAGUAUAACCGGAGGAACAACCCAGAGCUGGAGAAGAGGAGGAUCCACUUCUGUAACUACCCAGGCUGCUCCAAAGUUUACACAAAGAGCUCUCACCUGAAGGCACACCAAAGAACACACACCGGAGAGAAACCGUACCAUUGCACGUGGGAGAACUGUGACUGGCGUUUCGCCCGAUCCGACGAGCUCACCAGACACUACCGGAAGCACACCGGAGCCAAACCCUUCAAGUGUGUCGCCUGCAGCCGUUGCUUCUCGCGCUCGGACCACCUGGCCCUGCACAUGAAGCGCCACCAGAACUAACUCGGAUCCUCUUGUUCUUACAAACCCAAUCAUUCACACACACAACCCCAAAUCCACUGUGCACGCUGCCGUUUACAUGGCACCAACACGAGUUGAGCGCUAGCAGGCAUCGAGGGAUGGAUACCAUUUUAUUUUUGAAAAAUGA